CUUUGCCCGCCGUUGCGUGCGCGCCCCCGGGUCUUUGCCCGCCGUUGCGUGCGCGCCGCCGCGGGCUCCAGGCAACCGGCGAGGCUGCGAUGGCGGACGAUCUGGAUCAGCUCCUGGACGAGGUGGAGCUGCGGUUCUGCAGCGGCGGCGGGUCGGCGCCGCGCCGUGAGCGGGCGGGCAGGACGGCCGGGGCCGGAGGCCCGGACACGGAGGUGAAAAUCAGUUCACCUUCAGUCCCAUCAGAUGAAACAUUCAAAGAAGAAGAUGACUUAAAUGAUCUUAUUGAAGAUAUUUUUCAUGAUGAUCCAAGUGUUUCAGACCUUUCUAAGUCGAGCCCAAGAGCAGUAACAAAUUGUGCGGGUCAUAGGGCCAAAGGUAGAAAGUGUUGUCCAGUUUACCUUGGUGGUAGUUCUGCACCCCUCGGAUUGGGAACAAACACUUCUCACAGAACAUGUGACCAGCUGCGCUGUACUACGUGUGACUUCAGGGUAAUAACACUUGAUGAUUACGAAUGGAACAAGACAUGUGACUACUUUUUUUUCAGAAACAACAUGCCUGACUUAAAUAAACUGAAAACAAAGGCGCUCAGUAAGAGAGGUGCACGAGCAUACGCCUGCCAGUGCAGCUGGAGAUCCAUCCAGAACUUGACUGAUCUCAGGGAAGAGCAACAACUUCGAUGGAGCGUAUUGACAAGUUUUUACUGACGUCGAGUUCACCUUCAAUGAUGGAGCAUUACGGGAGUACCUUCACCACAAGGACUACAACAGUUUAAGCCAGUGGCGCACCGUCACUUUUUCAAGUGCAAUUAGGGAUGAGCAAUGGGGUGGACAACUUCUCUGCAGCAUCAGAGCUCGAUUUAUUCAUAUGGAUUGGAUUUGCUGAAUGUUAUACAGUCAUAAAAAUGAUGAAAAAUUGUAGUCAAACCCAGAUGUGCAUUUGUAAUUUUGGGGGAUUGUUCAAAUUGGCAAUUUUAAGCUUACGGAAAUGGAAGUGUUCCACAGAGGAAGAGAAAACGGUUUUAAGCUCACCAUUCUUCAGUCAGGAAGCAAUUUAUUGAGUUUAUUAAAUUAUCUAAAUUGGAAUUUCUAGCAUCAAAAUUCUUAUACACUGGAUAAAGGAACGUGGGCGUUCCAUUUUAUGUUAUGGUUUGUAGAACUUGUUUAAUAGUUUGGCACUUUUAGGUAUAUUUCUUUCUAUAAGUAGUAUUUGGUCAAAUAUGUAAAUAAAGUUGAAGUAACUGCUGUUGUGAUUUUUUUUCUAUGUAGUUGAUAUCAUUAUCAGGCUUCAUUACUGAGCUCUCUGCAAAUUAUUACUCGUUC